AUCAUGGAGGAUUCUGCUCCACGUACCGGUCGCUCUAUGUUUGCGUGUCUGGUGGGAGCGUCACAGUUGCUGGGUGUGACGUCAGUGGUGCUGACCGGUGUGUGGAUGGGUCACUACCACGGGGGCUUCGCCUGGAAUGGCUCAGCACAGGAGUUCAACCUGCACCCUCUGUGCAUGGUGCUGGGGCUGGUCUUCCUGCACGGCGACGCCAUCCUGGUCUACAGAGUGUUUCGAAAUGAGGCAAAGAGGAACGUAAAGAUGCUCCAUGGCAUCAUUCACCUGCUCGCCCUCAUCAUCAGCAUCAUAGGCUUUGUAGCUGUGUUUGACUUCCACAGAGCAGCAAACAUUCCAGACAUGUACUCUCUGCACAGCUGGUGCGGCAUGGCUACCUUAGUCUUAUUCUGCAUACAGUGGGUGAUGGGUUUGAUGUUCUUCCUGUUUCCUACUGCGUCGUCAUGGUUGCGAGCCUCGUAUCUCCCCAUCCACGUGUUCUGUGGUCUGGUUCUGCUGGUUAUGGCCGUAGGGAGCAGCUUGCUCGGCAUCACGGAGAAACUCCUCUUCAGCAUCGAGUCAAACUACUCUCUGUUUGCCCCAGAGGGGGUGCUGGCCAACAUCUUGGGGAUCCUGUUGGUGUGUUUCGGGGUGGUGCUAGGCUACUUGAUCACCAAGGAAGAGUACAGACGUCCACCAAACCCUGAGGAAGAGUCUCUGUCUGUUCACUUUAAGACCCUGACCGAGGGGGGGUCACCCACCACGCCCUGACCUCAGUGAGACGUGUGAAACCUCCGCCUCAUUGGGCCAGUGCCCUGCCAACACACUAGCUGUGCUACCAGUCUCUGUUAAUGUCUAGUUUUCAAAAGUUUAGGUUUGUACAUCAAAUGAUGGACAGAAAGCGUUAAUGAUAUCUCUAGUAUCACACCAAAAUUAUUUAUUGGAAGUUAUGCUUUUAUUUUGACAAUUAAUUAAAAAUGCAUAUAAGAUAUAAGUGAAAAAUACGCAUUGCAGUAAAAGGAAAAUAAUUGUCAUUAUAAGUGUCUGACAACAUUAUGAAAAGGAUCCCUACAGAGAUAGACCUUUUUCUGAAAGAGUAAGAUCCGUUUUGCUUGGCCAGCAGCAGUUAUAUCACUCUGUUCAACGCCACCAGACUCUAUUGACAAAAACAGUGAUUUUACUUUGUAACGUUGUGACACUUAAUUCAAACUCAACAGAUACAAAAUAAAACUCACCAAAACUUUUGUUAGUCUUUACUGGCCAGCAGUAGAAAUGUCUUUAGUUGAUGUCUGGGACUGGUACCAGCUUACAUAAAACCCAUCAAAGUAUGAUCCUGUCUUUACUGUGUACACACUGUAUUGUGUUUAGUCCACCUCAGCCUGCUAGUGUUGCAAAGUGUGUGAAUGUUUGAACAAUUAUUUGGCCGUACUGUUAGUACAGACAGUGAGUGAUUCUGAGUUCUUAAACAUGGAUUGGCAAAAUACAGUUUCUCUAACUUUGGACAGCUACAAAUCUGUUAUCACAGGGAAUGUUUUAGUAGUUCCAACAAAAUGCAUAGAGUGAUACAUCUGCUCUAGUAAAGAUGCAUCACUCUGUUGACUGAUCGAGUCAGGGCUCGCAUUCUCCAAGUUCAUUCAUACAACACUGAAAGGUUAACAAUUUAAUAGUAUUGAAGCUGCAGUAUGUCAUUUUUAUAAAAAUAUUUUUGUAAUCUUUGUUGAAACUUUCACUGUAUUAUGACAAUAGUACAUGAGACAGAUAAUCUAUGAAAAAAUCACAUCAAUUAUCUUUCUUUGCUCUGAUUGGUU